GUGGAAAUAAAUCAAAGGUCUAAUAAUACUAGUAUUCUUUAUGUUUUUUGUUUUUAACUCCUUUUUUUAUACACCCCCAACUAGAAAUUACACUAAAUAGGAAGUUGAAGAAAUAAAUAAAAAAGAGAGGGGUAUUACAAUCAAUAGAUUGCCUUAGAAAAGAAAUACACAAAUAAUAAUACAUCAAUUAAUGAUAACAAUUAGAGUACGAAUGCAAAUUAAUCCAUGAAUGAAACACUUCCAGAUGAAUAGAUAUAAUAAGAGUUUCCAUCAGAUGAUUAAGGAGAGAAAUUUUAUUCUGAAGAAGAAAUUUUAUAUAAUUUAGAAACACAGAGUGUACCAGAAGAUUUUAUUGAGAGUGAUAUUGAAAAUAAUUAAGAUAACAUAUUAAUAGAAGAAAUUGAAUAUUAUUAUGAAUAUAUUGAUGAAGAAAUUUCUGUUAAAAAUAUUUCAGAAGAAAACGAAAAUGAAAAUGACAUAUAAUAAACUUUUUUAUUGGAUUAAGAUGAAUAAGAAUAGAUACUAUAGAAAAAUCAUAGUUUUUAAAAUAAUUCAGACUUUAAUUAGAAAAUGGAUUCGUAAAUAGAGUCAAAUGAAUAGGAGAAGAUUUCUGAAGAGCUUGAUGAGUUUAGUGAUUUUUUAAACAAAUUAAAAAUUUAAGAUGAAGAAGAAGAAAAUAAUUAAGAGAAUCAAGAAGGGUAUAAAGAAGAAAAUAAAAAAGAAUAAUAAUAAAAAGAAGAAAAAAUAGAUGAGGAAUAGUACUUUUAAGGAUAAUAAUAAUAGCAAGAGGAGGAAAAAAAUUAAAAUUCCUUUAGUAUUUAAGAAGAAGAAGAAGAAUUUAUUUAUAUAGAGGAAGAGGAAUUAAUUUAUAUAGAGGAAGAAGAAGAAAAUUAUAUAUAUAAUUCAAAUUAAGAAAAACUUUAAGACAAACAAGAAGAACCGAUUGUUUUAGAUUCUAAAUUUGAUCAAUAAACAUCAAUAAUAAAAGAUACAAAUUAAUCUCUAAAUUAAGAGAAUUCAAAUCAAUAGCAAAAUAUUUCAUAAAAUAAUUACAGUAGUAAUCCUUCCAAAAGUUUUUAAUCAAAAUAAAUCUUAAAUCAUUAUUUAAAGUUAUAUUUUGAUUUAGUUUGCUAAAAAGAAGAGGAAAAUAUUGAAUAAGAAAACGUGACUCAAUUAAGCAGAGGCCCUUCAGAAAUUCCCAUAAUUGUUGAUGAAAUAAAUCCAAUCUUAUUAGGUCACACUAUAAUAAUGACUCUGUUGGUGAUAUUUGUCUCUAUAAAUGACAAAUAAAGUAAUACAAUAAAAAUAAAAGAACCUUUUCAAUAGAAUAGCAUUACAUCGAUAUAAGAGUUGAAUGAAUAUAUGCCCUUUAUGAUCAAUAGAUUAAAAUAACAAUAUAAUAUGAUAGCAUAAAGUUAGGAGUAAUUAGCAUAUCAAUUAGAACUAUUAGAAUAAUGAAAGAAUUAAUAACCC